GAUGCUCAGUGCCGCAAUGGCAAGAGUCACGAUGUAGGACGCUCAGUGCCGACCGUCUAUUGAAAGGGGACGGAGAUGUUUACCACGUUCGUGUCUUUAAUUCUCGGAACAGUGAUAAUUCUCUAUCUCUACUUAAAAAAGAACGCCAAAUAUUGGCAAAAACGUGGAAUUCCUUGCGCAAAUGGUGCUUUGCUGGGAAUUGGUCAUAUGUGGGAGUUGCUCAUUGGAAAAAUUAGCUUCUCUGAUAUUUGUCGCAAAAUCUACCAUGACAAUAAGGAUUGCAGCAUGGUCGGCUUCUACAAUUUCAUGACACCCACAUUGAUGAUACGCGAACCGGAACUGGUGAAAACGGUGCUGCAAACGAGCUUUACGAAUUUUCACGAGAAUGGAGUCAAAAUUGAUCCUGAUUUGGAUCCUCUUUUGGCAAACAAUCCCUUCUUCACAUACGGAGAGAAAUGGGUAACCGGAAGGAAACGUCUGACCUAUGCCUUCUCCAGCAUGCGGUUGAAGAUCCUACUCGAGAGCGUUAAGCAAGUAUGCGGGGAAUUUGAGAACUUUUUAGAUAAAAAGUUGGAGAAGACGGGAGAGGUAGAGAUGGAACUAAAAGAACUGUUCGCCAAGUACACCGCUCAAGUGGUUGCGAACGCUGGUUUCGGCGUGAAUGGAUUCUGCUUCGACGACAAAAAACAGCAAGAAUCUUUCUACGAGAUGGGCAAGUCCUUCCUCGACCUGUCUAUUGUGAACAAUAUUAUUUUGACCAUCGCGUUUCUAAUACCUGGGUUCGGCAAAGUUUUCAGAGUGAGAUUUUUACCAAAGAAAAUCGAUCGUUUCUUUAGAACUUUGGUCACCGAUAUUAUGGAGCAAAGGAGGACCAGCGGGACACAAAGAAACGACUUUCUCCAAUUGAUGGUUGAAUUGGACCGUGCAGAAGGUAAUAAACUCGAUCUGGAAGUCCUGGUAUCUCACACAAUGUCGUUCUUCCUCGACGGCUACGAAACAUCCAGCAUCACUUUGAGCUUUGUUGGCUUCCAAUUAGCCCUUAACCCAGAAGUGCAGAAGAAAUUACGCAAAGAAGUAAUGACUGUGCUGACCAAACACAACGGUAUACUUACAUACGAAGCCUUGAGGGAAAUGACUUACAUGGAUCAAGUAAUAAGCGAGUCUCAGAGAAUCAUACCUGCAAUUGGAUUCAUGAGCAGAAUUUGCACGGACGAGAUCGAGCUGAAAGGAUCCGACGGAGUCGUUUGCUCGGUGGAAUCUGGAACAAGCAUUUUAAUCCCUGUCCACGGUUUACAAGAAGAUCCUUGCUAUUGGGAGAAUCCGCUCGUGUUUGACCCUGAGAGAUUCAAUUUGGAUAAGAAACACAGCAUUGAGAGAUUCGCCUUUCUUCCCUUCGGUGAAGGCCCGCGAAUGUGCGUAGGAAUGAGAAUGGCUUUGUUGCAGAUAAAAGCGUGUCUCGCUGUGUUAUUGAGAAAGUAUAGCUUGGAACUAUCUCCAAAGAUGCAGAUGCCCUUGAAGUUAAGAUGUACACCUUUCCUAAAUGCGCCAGUGGGUGGUGCUUGGGCUUUGAUCCGACCGAUUUAAUCAGACCUGUAGCUUAUUGGGCCCGGGGAAGAACAGUCCGAGGGACCUGUGUUAUACGACAAACAUUUCUUUAAACUAUAAUUUACUUAUUUUAUCUUAGACGAUGAUUAUACGGUAAAUUAGAUGGGUAAGUUAUUAAGGAUAAUAUAUCAGAUGGGUAAGAUGUUAUAGAUAAUUUAUGUACAAUAAAUUAUACUUCAUAAAAAAUCGACAAAAUACAUAUACAUAUACAUAUAAAUAUACAUAUAAUAUAUACAUAUAAUAUAUAAGAAAUACAUUUACAUAUACAUGUAAUAUAUAUAUAUAAUAUAGUAUUAUAUUGUAAUCGUCAAUUUACAAAUAUGUUCAUAAUACCUUGAAAAUUUAGAAUUUUUGUUUUAAGAGAGAGAAAGAAUUUCAACCUCCUAUAUAGAAUUAUUCGAAUACCAGUAUUUUUUAAUGUUUCCAUUCAAAUAUAU